UGAGUUCGUCGAGUGCACCUUGUCGUAGUUGGCUUCGAGCGUACGUUUAAAUACACGGUAUAAGAAAUUACUGCCAAAAACAAUUAACAACAUAAUCAAUUAGUGAGAGUGUGGUGCUUCAACAGUCGCGAUGUUUGACGUGUUCGGCUCCGUGAAGGGGCUACUGAAAAUCGAUAGCGUAUGCAUCGACAACAAUAUUUUCCGUCUGCACUACAAAGCCACAGUGAUAAUUCUCGUUUCUUUUUCGCUGCUCGUUACGAGCAGGCAGUACAUAGGGGACCCCAUAGACUGCAUCGUAGACGAAAUUCCCCUAAACGUAAUGGACACUUACUGUUGGAUUUAUUCAACGUUUACGAUACCGAAUCGAAUGACCGGCCGGAUAGGAACCGAUAUCGUGCAACCCGGGGUGGCGAGCCAUGUGGACGGCAAAGACGAAGUGAAAUAUCAUAAGUACUACCAGUGGGUGUGCUUCGUGCUUUUCUUUCAAGCGAUGCUCUUCUACGUGCCGCGCUACCUGUGGAAGACAUGGGAAGGCGGCCGCAUCAAGAUGCUGGUCCUUGACCUCAACUGUCCCAUCGUCUCCGACGAAUGCAAGAAAGACCGAAAGCAACUGCUCAUCGACUACUUCACCACCAAUCUCCACAUGCAGAACUUCUACGCGUUCCGGUUCUUCAUAUGCGAGGUGCUGAACUUUAUCAACGUUGUAGGUCAGAUAUUUUUCAUGGACUAUUUCCUCGAUGGCGAGUUCAGCACGUACGGCAGCGACGUACUCAAAUUCACUGAGAUGGAGCCCGAAGAACGAGAAGAUCCUAUGGCGAGGGUGUUCCCGAAGGUAACCAAAUGUACCUUCCACAAAUACGGUCCUUCUGGAUCGGUGCAGAAGUUCGAUGGACUCUGCGUCCUUCCACUGAACAUCGUCAACGAGAAAAUCUACGUUUUCUUGUGGUUCUGGUUUGUAAUACUCAGUGUUUUGUCCGGAAUUUCCCUCCUGUACCGUGCAGCCGUCAUCCUCGGCCCCAAAAUCCGCCUGUACUUGCUCAGAACCAACUGCCGCAUUGCCGCCUCCGACCAAAUCGAAACCAUCUCCAACAAAUGCGAAAUUGGAGACUGGUUCGUUCUUUACCAGCUGGGUAAGAACAUCGACCCUCUCAUCUUCAAAGAGGUUAUAUCCGACCUAUCGAAAAAGCUAGAAGGCAAAGAGAUUGUGUAAUCGAGUGUUUGUUUUUUAUCGUGCCUUUCGAACAAUAUUUGGAAUAUUUGCUUAGCGAUGAGGCGUUUACAUUCGAUAAUCGGAAGGAUGUGUAGACGCUGCGAUCGAUACUCCAGUAUGACUCUAACCGAAGGACCAAUGUAAAGUUCUGUGAUGGCAGAAAAGACUGUAACUUCCGGCCAACAGCCUCUAGGUUCGGCUGUGAUAAAUCGUUUCUAUUUCUAAUGGUACAAUAGCUCAAUUAGGUCAUUCCAAAAUGCUUUUAUCUCCUUUCCUCGUCCACUGCCAAAUGCAUUUCCGGCGGUCACUACAGAAACAGGUAUAUUGAUUCAGAGAACCGAUUUCGCAGCUGCUACUUGCCGGAAUUUACGAGACAAAUUAAAGAGGGCCGUGAAACCACCGGGACGAUAUUUUAAAAAGUAUUUUCUGUGAUAUUUUUCAUAUCCGAGAGAAGCAAAUUUACAGUUUUAUUCGCUGAUAUACCCAAGUAUAUUAUCGUAAUACGACAAAGACUGACGAAAUUCCGCACUAAAGACAUUGACAAUGAUAUUUUAUUAUAAUAAAUUUUAUUGCCCUACAAUUUGUUGCUCUAGCAGCUGGCGAAAUCGCUCUCUCUGUGAUACCGUGAUGAUCUGACAAACGAGAAUGAAGAAGUGCUUUUUAUUUUAUUAUUGUUUGUAAUUGUUCGAUCAAAUAUCUUCAAUUUAAUUCAUAUGUGAUGUUUAGAAUAUAGUUUAGACUAAGUUCCAUACGUACAAUUCCAAGUGAGCCGUCACGAAAACACAUUCACUUUUUAUAAAAUAUUUUGUAUAAAAAUGUGUGUUGAGACUAUUAUAUGGUUAUAUAUUGUAUAUUAUAGAUUUUUAAAGUGAAACGCCAUCAGUGCCUUUUGAAUUUUGUAUGGAAUUAUAUUUGAAUGACGACAAA